UGCGAAAAUCUGCGGGCGCCUGUUUCUGGUUCAUGUUUCCUACUUUUAGUUUUACUCAAUUGAAUAUUUGAAUAAAUUCACCAUUCAAUGGCAUAUCUCGGUGCUUUAGAUGACACGUUAUGAAUUCUUAAGCAAAGCUGUUAUUAAUAGUAUGAAAAUUGCAGGCGGGAUUAUUUUUGUUGAUAUAUUACGAGUUGUGUUGCUCUAGUUGUACAUUGAAGCCUCGGUGCUAUCGUCGAAGAUGUCGCUGAGAAGACUCCUCCUGGACGUUCGACAGUUGAGCGUGCAAUAUUCGGUUCGCAGCUUCGGCAGUUCGGUAGCUGUGCGUCACGAGGCCAGCAGAGGCGGCGAGGCUGGCAAGACGUCGCUCAAGAAACCCAGCACUCCUGGUGGCAAGCUUGACAGCGAUGAGGCGGCCUCCCCCGCGACAGUUCACCCGUUCCAGGAGAAGGAGCCUCUGCCGCCCUUCCCCAACAACACGAACCCCGCGACGGGGGAAGUGGGGGGACCCCGCGGCCCUGAGCCCACGAGAUACGGCGACUGGGAGAGGAAGGGCAGAGUCAGUGACUUCUAAGGGGACGGGGAGGUAGGGGGAUUUUUGAGGGGCGAGUUAGAGGCGAUUUUUGAAGGAUGAAGUAGAGGGAUUUUUG